CUCGCGUCUGCUUGUCUUGCAUGCUGGCCCUUUCCUGUCUUUCUUGUCUGGCUUGAGCUGCCACAUAUUUUCAUCAGGUUUGUCUGUGACGAUAGUGACGUUCGGUGCGCGUGUUCCCGGACUCUGUUGCAUGGCUUAGCCGAUUUGCUGUGCAUGCGCUUCGCAUUCUCUGCCCACCAACCAAAGCCAUCCACCUCGUUCACUCUUGAUGUUAAGUGAGCGUGGGCCGCGCGUGUAACCGACGACUUACUCGCUGUCGCUAUACUUUCGCGUUUGCAUCUUGCGCCGACCUCUAUGCAGCUUCUGCUUGUCACAGGCUUCAAUUUUACUGAUUUACCAACCACCUUCACUUCCCAUCUUCAAUAUGCACUGAAAGUGCCAAUGCCAACGACCUUGUACAAAGUCACGACUUCAUGUUUUUACGACCACUCGACUGCGAAUCACCACUCGAUAUGCCUACGUCACAAUUUGACAAGGCAUUCGCUCUGCUAGAGCAUUCAUUCAAGGAUGCCAACUUCCUCCAAGCCUACAAGGCACUUCCCUCACGACAAACAACUGAAGAGGCCGAAUCGCCCAGACAUGCCGACUUCUCGGAUGACGACGACGACGACUCGGACUUUUCGGACAUGCAUGAAGGAUACCGUCCCAGAGAUGCUCCCUCAAUUUCUCUUAUGCGCCGGAACUCGUCACUUCCUCCCACACCGCCUACCCAGUCGCGCAAUGUUAGCGCAACACAUGCGCAUAUGUUACCUCCGCCAGGAGACAAGGCCGGCACCAACACGCCGCCGAACCAACAAGGCCCUCCAACUCCCGAUCUGACUCCACCGAACCCUCGUACCAGAGACUUUGCGCCGCCUCGACCUGCCCUGCCACACACUGCCUCUUCACGAGCCGAAUCAUUCAUCACUGCAAGAGAGACUCAAAGCCAAGCAAGUGCCAGCACAAGCCAGGCUAGUCUUCCGCUGAAAUCAGAGGCCGGCCACCAGUGGUUGGAAGCGACAAGAGGUAUGCGCUUGGCCAGUUUGCAGCUGAGGAUCGUGGACAGACAACAGCAAUUACGAGACUCCGCCUCAGAUUCGGGAGAGACGACACCCACACAAGAAACACAUGAUGCUUUCCCUGCACCAGCCAUCUCUUCCAACCUGAUCGAGUGCAUUACCCAGGAAGAUCUGGAUCGAGGAGCUUCUUCGACCCCUGAGUCUGAAGCUGGUAAUUUCAUGAGGAAUGUGACUAUUCGUAAGAAACGUACAGGUGAUUCUCAGCAACAAACAACACCCGGACAAGGUGCGCCUAGCAGUAGUCACAAAAGAUCGAAAUCUUCUGAAGUCAUGCCGAAGUCUGCGGCAGCAAAUGAGAGUCCUUCUACUGUCAAAGACGGAGAAACUCUCGAUUGGUCCGAGACUGAUAACGAUCAUCUUCAUCGACGCAGGCGAAGCGAGGAAUCAAAACGUCUUUCGGCCACCUCCACCGCGUCAACUGUCAUCGAAGCCUUUGUGCUCCCUGGUCUGGCUCAGCAGAAACAGCCAGCGUUACGACGAGUCAGCAGAGUCGACACUCUGCGUGAUGAUACAUCUUCGAGACGUAGCUCGGUCGAAUCUCAAUAUGCCUCGAAACAAAGAAUAUCACCGCUGCCUGGACGUAAGCAUUUGGUCAAUGGGUACUUUGACGCGGCAAGAUCUGCUUCUAACCCUGAGACUGGCCGUGUCCGUAAAGUGCCGGUAGUUGUCGUUCCUGAGCGUCACUCGUCGCGCUCUUCUGCUACAGCAGGGGCAGGUGACAAGACACAAUUGCUUACUCCUGAGCAGAACCGUCUCCAUCGUCCGAAGCAUCAUGUUUCUCUCAAAGAAGACUACAACCAAGGCGAGAUACCGCGUACUUCGCUAGAUUCACGCACCGAGCUUAGCAGUGACAUCUGGCUCGACUAUGCAUCUCCGGCUCAAGAUGGUGGACAGCCUCGAACAAAGCUACGACAUGUUUCUGCCCCAAUUCAAGCAGGUGCUGGAUCUACCACUGGAGCGUCGAAAUACGUUUUUCUCCGUAUGAAUGGGCAGGAUGCUGAAAUUAAGCUCGGUCCUAGACAGGGAUGGAAGAGACACUCUCUGGAUGCCGAACUUGAGUCGCCUGAACUGAAACGCCCACCGAGGUCAUCUAUCGAACAGAGGCAGUCGAUCGACCAUAGACUAUUGCUUCCCUCGCAACAGAAGAGAUCGCCUACGCUCACGCUAUCCGAUUACCCUCAGCAAACUUCGCCUCGCAAAUUGUCAGAUGCCAAAGACAUUCGCAAUCUUCACUCGAGCACAAGUCCCUUCUCGCAACUGUCCGACCGAACAGACGCUAUGGAAUUGAACGAAGCCAAAGCCAUCAACCUGUACCCGCAUGGAAACAAGUCACUCCACAUGGUCCAGCAUGUAGCCAAGAAGCGACUUGCCGAAGGACAGAAUAUGAAUGGGGAUGCACACUCCGAUGCUCUCGCAACACCCGAAAGCGAACAAGAGUCCACGUUCCAAGCCUCUCAUCCUACCUUCCGCGCCGUAAUCGACACACCAACACCCCCAAGAAUCGAAGAUCCCGAUCGCGUAGAAGUCGACAGUCCACUCCGAAACCCACGCACAGCACCUCAGCCACCCCGUCUCCCCGCCGUGAUAAUCAGCCCCGCAACACCCUCCUCCCAAUUCCGCAAAACACCUUCUCCACCUUCGCCGCCCUUACGCCGACCCUCUCUGGUCGAAAAAGCUCGUCGCUAUUCUGAAAACCUGAUUCAGCCGUUCAUUCCCUCUUUGUCUCGUCGCAAUAGCACGGCUUCGCAACGACCGAUGAGUCAACGAGAUAGAGAUACCACGUUACAUCCCUUCUGGCGACCCAGGGGCUUCUGGGAUGACUUUUCAGAGUCUGAGGGCGAGUACUCUGAUGAUGAGUUACCAGAAGGUGGAGAUACGUCUGAUGUGCGUAGUCUUGAGAGCGUGGAAGAGCAGAGGGAAAGAGGAUGGAGAGCUAAAAGACUUUCUGUGCGUUUACCUGGCUUCAGAGGACAAGGAGGGUUUUUGCAAGGAAACUCUCUCGGCAUCGACCGCCAUGGCACGAAUGUGCGUCGUCAUCAUGUCCAUGUCUCUUCCUCUCCAAACUCUGCGACAAGACAUGAAUCUUUCCUCACUCGCCUAUUUGCGUUUCCGAGCUUGAGAAAGAGGAAAUCUACAGAUUUGCUCAGAAUUGCGGCGCAAAGCACAGAGUCCUUGAGGAAAUUGAGUCAAAGACAAAGGAGAAGAGGGUGGAAGGAUAUGAGUUUCGGCGCACUGAGACGGAAAAUGGUUAAGAAACGGGAGAGGAGAGACGAUGUUAGGAGAGAGGCUUAUAGAGAGGGUAUCAAGGGGAGGAUUGGUGCGCCUGUUUAUUUGGAAAGGUGAUGUGGAUGCAUUUACAUUAAUGCAUUGGAGAGGGAGAGGAAGAGGGAGAAGGGGAGAAUGUUGAUGAUGACAAUUAUGUUGCUUGCACUUUUAGCUAUUUGCUGCGUUUUUUUUUUCUUCUUCUUCCAUUUCUUGCGCAGAGAUACCUUUUUUUUUUAUUGCUAGCAUUUUCUGGCGAUUUCGAAAU